AUGCCGGGAUCCACGAAGACCGAGCUGCCGGUUUUCAUGCUGGAUAUGUCGGCAUGUCCAGGGGGGGUGGUACCGUUGCACAUCUUCGAGAUGCGCUACAGACAGAUGUUCAACGACAUUGGGACGACGGACAACCGCUUCGGCAUGCUGGUCACUGAUGCCAAGACGGGGAGGCCAUGCAAGUACGGGGCUGUGAUGGAAUGCGCACAACGAAAGCUCCUGCCAGAUGGACGGCAGUACGUCCUCAACCAGGCGGUGGAGCGGUUCAGGGUGCUGAAGGUGUUGAAGACUAACCCGUACACGGUGAUGGAGGUGGAGGUGGGCAUCCCGGAUAACAAGCCGCUGGAGGGAGAGCCGGUCAAGUGGGGGGCGGAAGAGGGGACAAGAUUGGAAGAUCUUGAGCUAGAGGUGUACGAUACCGUCAACUCGGUGGUGGACCUGAUGAACAAGCUAGCGCCUCCCGCCACCCCAGGAGAGAACCGAACCCUUUCCGAGUGGUUCUUGAGGUACUCUCCCAAGGUGAAGCGUGACGAGGGUCUGGACGGGGAGUCCGCGGGGGACGAUCUGGCGAAGCAAGCGAAGGAGGACGAGAGGCGGAUGAAGUUCUCUUACGCCGUGGCCGAGAUGAUUGCGAUGGAGUCGCGCACCAAGCAGCUCCUCCUCCAGUCCCGCAGCACGGCCUACCGUCUCAUGGCCGUCAGGGAGAUAUUGGUGAAGGCUCAGAAGGAGCUCGCCGCCAAGAGCUCGCUCAAGGACACCCUGGGAUAAUAACCGUUUCCCACAAGGAAAACAUGGAAGUACCUCGGAAUGGAACACUCCGUGAAGACGGUUAGUUGUGCUUGCCUGCGUGGGAGCUUGUUGCUUGGACGCGGGUAGGUUCUGUACAGAGUCAUUUUCUCAAUGUCAAGAGUAUCACAAACGCGUGGAUUGGUGUCACCGCUGCGAAUCCCUCUAUCCCGUCUUGGGGGCAGGGGUGCAAGGCCCGGGGGGUAUUUUACGCUGUGGUCGAAGAAGUUGCCCGUACCCAUCCAUGCAUUUUCGAAGAAUUAGGGGGAGGGGGGUGGUGUUUCUUGCACGCGAUGGGAGACAGCGAGCGCCGUUUUUGUCUAGGAUUCGCUCGAGGGCACGGUUGCCCACAGGCCAUUGGGUUAGAGACUGAUGCCUUGCGAGAGACAAGGAAGGGAGGAUAAGGAUGAUACAUGUGCCUUCCCUUCCUGCGGGGUAUUUGGUAUUGGUGUGUGUGUUUUCGUCCCUUCUAUAUCUCGGCCUUGGAAGAGAAGACUGCUGCAAAAAGAGAAAGAGAAAGAGAGCAAGGACGUGCUGGCUCCGUAAGCGGUACCGGCACUGCUUCUGCUGUAGAGAUUUAUCCUCGCGGGGGAUAUGCUCACGUUUGGGUACCACACCCUCCUCUUAGGGUCACAACCACCUCGAUUAGUGCAAAGUUUCGGCGUGUUGCUUUGUUGGCCCCGCUUCGUGUCCCUUCGGGUCUAAAAGACUAUGUGUCUCCUGUGUUGGAAAAGAUGAGCCGGCCUCGCUGGACAUGGAAGAUGUACUUUUCCUCGUGGGAUGGCUGUACCCCUUUUGGGCAACAGGGAGCGUGGCCUGACUUCGGUCUUUUGUGGUCUUUUGUGGUCUUUGUGGUCUUUGUGGGAUGACCGUACCCUUUUCGAGUAGAAGGGGAGUGUGGCCUGAGUAGGCGCUUGCCGUACAGUAUUCGCGACGAGACGAGAGCCUAGCACUGGAAACACGCUACUGAAACUGGGUGAUGGAAUCUUGCAUGGAAUCUUGGGGGGACAGGAGAAAAGGGUCGACCCGCGUAGAUGACAGCAGUAGUUCACUUCCGAUAGGGCAGAUUCUUGGCCCAGACAGCUACUAAUAAUAGACGACUGGAGUUUGUUCUUGUCGCGCUGGGUGUUCGUAGAUACGGAGAUAGUUUGAGUGGCAAUCUCGGGUGUUUUGAGUGGGAAUUGAAACUCAAUCCCUUACGGGGCUUGGGGUACUCUGGGACGAUGCGAUUGUUGGACUCAUGUGCCGGAUACUCUGACGCAACAGUGAAAACAGUGGUUUUAAGCGG